GAAGAGCAGCAUACGGCAACGAAUCUAUGAUAAAAUGGCGUCCUGUUUAUAGGAGUGGUCAGCACUAAACUAUAAUCUUCAAUUAUUAGAUGCAAUAUGCUUCAUCCCGAAUUCUAAAAUAAUAAAAAUAAUCCAUACAAAUCUCUCUUAUAUUAUUUUUUAUAUAUCUGAGCGAAGAAAGCUCCAAAAGAGAGAAUUCCUCUCAGAAAUUAAGAGCUUCAGAGAACCAAACAUAUAAGAUAACUAAGUUAGUGAAUGUAUAAAACCAUGUUGAGUGUGAUUAUGGACUGGUGUGAAGUGGGAAUUUAGGAACGUUUUGCCUACAAGGCAAAACAGCACAAAUUACUAUGUGCAAUUAUAAAAUAAGUUCGUCAUAAAAUGGAAAAAAAUAGACAUGGUAAGCAUGCCAAAGACAAACCUAAAAAAACUAAAAAACGUAAAACUAGAGAUGAACAAAGUAAAUCUCCCGAUAGCUCUGCAGUGAAACCUCUAGUUGAAUAUUCAGAUGUAAGUUCGGAAGACUUAUCAGCACCAGAAGCCGGUGAAAUACAAAGUGGAGAAGGUAGUUUAUCACAGAGUGAUGAAGGAGAAAUAAUGAAUAGAAGUAGUCGUUAUAACCGUUAUCCAGUCAUAGAUGAAGGAUAUCUUUAUCGAAGACAAUCUCUGAUAGAUUCACCAACAGCGAGAAGGUCUCAUAGGUUGGAUCCAUCUAUGGUUCCUAGAUCUCCUUCACCGUCUCUACUGCUUUCACGAGAAAGAAAACUUUCUGUCUCAUCUAAAUCAUCUUCAAAUGAGUUGAGGCACAAGAAAUUACUAGAAAGUUCUCCAAAUAACUACAGAGUAAUGAGGUCUCCACCUUAUAUAGAUUAUGAUACUGAUCGGAAAAAGAGAAAGAAAAAAGAUAAGAAACACAAAAAGGAUAAAAAGGGGAAAAAAAAGAAAAAAAAGUCAAAGCAUAGGUCAAGGAGUUCUAGCGUUUCCAGCAAAGACAGUGGAUCUGUAGAUGACCGACCAUCACCAAAAGCACUGAAGAAGAUCAAUUCGAGCUUAGAUCCCGAGCCUUUGUCAGACUGGGAACCACAGGAUGUUCUCAAGAAGGAGAAAGAAAAUACGUCUUUCAUGGACAAUAAGAUUGAUGAAUGCUCCCCUGUGUCAAAUGAUAGUCACAUAGCUUCUCCUGAGCCUAUUGAAGAGAGAUCUCCAACACCCCGAUCGGCGACCCCUCCUCCUAAGCCUACAUAUAAAAGUUAUCAUGUUCGAGAUUCGCCACAUACACCUCCUAUUCAUCACAAACACAAUAAUAUGGCUAGGUCUAAUUCUCCAAUUAUUGUUGAUGAUCACAUUUCAUUACCUAGCGUUUCACCACGUGCAAACCCCUACAGUCCUGAUUUAAUCUUACGCCAUCAUGCCCCUAGUAGUAGACGAUCAGUGACACCAACCAAACGAAGAAGAUCCGAUAGGGACAGUCACAGAAAACACAGGCGAGAGAGAGAAAGGAGUAGGAGGGAUUCAAGAAGUAGAAGUCCGAUACCUAGAAGACGAUCUAGGUCGCCAAGUUAUAAGAGGCAUUAUACAAGGUCCCCUAGUCGUAGUAGUCGAAAGAAGAGGUCAAGAACCCCUAGGAGGGAUAGAGAAAGAACGCCUACCAGGAACAAAUACAGGAGCCCCUCCCCACACUCCAUCAAGAGUUCUAAGCUUAAAAAUAAAAUAACAGACGCUAGUUUAUUCGCCGAAAUGGUGAAAGACAGGCAUAAGAGAGAAUUGGAACUCAAGAAGCUGGAAAAAGAAUUAGAAAGUAAAUCUGAAAAAAAACCAGAACAAGAAAUUGUAACUGAUCUAACAACAAAUAACGAUGGUGCUCAUGCUGUGAAUAAUAAUGGCAAUACUGUGAUUCCUAUGGACAUUGACGAUAUUCCUAUACCCUCUGAAGUAGGUGACAUUUCAUUACCGUUGGAGCAACAGACUGACUCUUCGACUCCUUCGAAUGUGCAACAACCCUCAGAGAAGCCCGUCUCUGUUACGCCCCCAAAUAAUGUCAGUAAGAUCGUUGAGGAUAGUAAUUCUGCCGCAGAUGUUUCCACUAAUAAUAAACCAAAGAGCGUUACAAAUCUACCGUUGCCGCCUGGUAUCGACCAUACGGAGCUCGAAACGAUCGAGUCGCCUCCUAGUAGGUCGCCCAGUCCGGUCAAAGCUGCUCCUCCUCCACUACCACCUACUAAACCGAGGACUCCUCCCAGAAAGAGUAUAAUGAAUUUACCCAUGCCCCCAGUUGUUCCAGGAACCGAGGAUCUGAGUGGGGACGAACUCGUAACCACACCCCCUAGGAAUGAUUCGAAAGCCAACGAGAAGAAAAUAGCGCCUAAACCAGAGUUGAAGAGACCGAAGAUUCUCAAACGAAGGGGAUCCAGAAAUAACGUGACCACUAUGUGCGGCAAAGAUUGGGGCGAAAGAUGCGUCGAUAUGUUCGAAGUUAUUGCACAGAUUGGAGAAGGUACUUACGGUCAAGUGUACAAAGCCAAAGACAAAGCCGCCAAGGAACUGGUAGCUUUGAAAAAAGUAAGAUUAGAAAACGAGAAAGAGGGUUUCCCCAUAACCGCAGUUCGAGAAAUAAAAAUCCUGAGACAGCUGAAUCACAAGAACAUAGUGAAUCUUAGGGAAAUUGUGACUGAUAAACAAGAUGCACUCGAUUUUAGGAAGGAUAAAGGAUCAUUUUAUCUGGUCUUCGAAUAUAUGGACCACGACCUGAUGGGGCUUCUAGAAUCAGGAUUGGUUGACUUCAAUGAACUGAAUAACGCGUGCAUAAUGAAACAACUUCUGGAUGGAUUGAAUUAUUGCCAUAAAAAGAAUUUUCUGCACAGGGAUAUCAAGUGCAGCAAUAUAUUGAUGAAUAACAAAGGUGAAGUCAAACUUGCAGAUUUUGGGCUGGCUAGACUGUACAAUGCUGAGGACAGGCAGCGUCCUUACACCAAUAAAGUUAUCACUUUGUGGUAUAGGCCACCUGAGUUAUUGCUAGGAGAGGAACGAUAUGGCCCAGCGAUUGACGUUUGGAGUUGCGGGUGUAUUUUAGGAGAGCUAUUCCUGAAGAAACCCUUAUUUCAGGCCAACGCAGAGGUUAUGCAGCUCGAAAUGAUUUCCAAACUUUGUGGAACUCCCACUCCGGCAGUCUGGCCUUCGGUAAUAAAAUUGCCCCUUUUCCACACGUUGAAACCCAAGAAGUUGCAUCGCAGAAGAAUAAGAGAAGAUUUCGUUUUUAUGCCCGCUUCUGCAUUAGAACUUUUAGAUAAGAUGCUGGAACUUGACCCUGACAAAAGGAUAACGGCUGAAGAUGCUCUAAAGUCCCCUUGGCUCAAGAAUAUUAAUCCCGAGCAGAUAAGCGCCCCUGAGCUACCAACUUGGCAAGACUGUCACGAAUUGUGGAGUAAGAAACGGAAACGUCAACAGCGAGAGCAGCACGACGCUAUGUUGAAUUUGCCCCCUGGUAAACCACUGAUGGGACCAAGAGAUCCAAAGAUGAUGCUGAAACCUGAAGAUUCAUCUGAAAUUGGGGGGUGAGUGAGGUUAUUGAAUAAUCUGUGUUUCAGUUCUGAGUUGUUAGUCGCCGAAUCAAUUUGAACUGGAGUGAUUGCAUGGAUUGCAUCAUUCGAAACAUUUAAACUAAUUUCGAGACUAGGAUAACAAAGAAAACUAGCAGCUCAGAUAUAAUUGUGGACUAUAGUGCAUCGUGGACUUUUGCAAGGUUAUAUUUUGAGUUGUAUUAGGUUUUCGGUUAUCUUGUACAAUGAUUUACCUUUUUGUUUCUCUCUGAUUAUGGUAAUUGUUUCAAAAAACCAUUUCAGACAUGAGUAACUGAAGUAAUUUUAUAUAUAUAUUCAAACAUCAAAUCGAGAAAUUUUACAGUGAAAUGAAAGCUUAUCUCAUCAGAAUAUUUUUAAUGAUUUAUCAAUUUAUAUGAACCUCCCCAUUAUGUUUAGGAAGGAUAGAAGGAAAACAGGGUAUUCCUUUUUAUUGAAAUGGUUUUUGAUUUGGAGAAAAAUGUGAUGUAAUGAAUCAAAAAAGCGAAGUUUGAAUAUUAGUUUUUCUUCAAUUCAGUCAGUAUGAUGAGAUAGAUUUCGCAUUUAUGAUCAAAUUAUUUUGUAAGUUGAUUUAAUUAAAAAGUAACAUAAUCUGAUGUGAAUCAAUCCAAUUUUUCAAUUGUUCUUUCUGAUAACUGUUAUUUUCAUAGCUGUUAUAGGAGUAUGCUUUCAUAUUGAUCACUGUGAAUAUUGUAUAUUUUGUAACUAUCAGAUAAAUAACAAGAAUUAAUUUAUUGUAAAUAUUCGAAACAAAUCAUCUAGUUGAUUGAAUUUGUUUAAAUCAUGUUUGUAAAUAUAUUUUAAAUAGAAAUAAAUGGGAAUUAUUUGUU